GGAGAGUUGCUUUUUUUGUGUGUGCGCGUUUUCUUGGAUCGGUGUGGCAUGCGCAGGGAAUGAAGAGGAUAAACGAGCCGAAGUGCAGGAUAAUUCGCUUCUGAUUCGAAACAUCACCAUGCCCCUCGAUUGGCUUACGCAAUACGUAACGCUAGAAAACGUGUGUCUUGGUGUAAACCUUGUCACGCUCAGUGUAAUCUACAAGGCGUACCGGUCUAAAGUGACGAAUUUCGAGGCAGUGCAGACAGCUCGCCAGUUGGACAUUGACAAUAAUUUAGCAUCCAAAUUGCGCGAAGAGUACCCCGAUGCCACUGCUGUGCACGCUGUCAUCAGAGGCCAAGUCAGGGCCCUUGGGGAAAAGAUCAAGAGCAGACACUUGCACGGCGCUAAGGCAGUCAUUCAGGAAUGUUGCCUGACAGAGCACAAGAUCCAGUGGAGCCCUGUGUCCCGCUUCUGGUCACAGACCCAACGCGAAAUACAUCGCAUCAUCAACUACGUGCCGUUUGCCAUCACAUCACGACACAGCAAGGUGAUGGUUGAGGUAGUAGAUCCCCAGGAGUGCGACAGUAUUCCGGUAAACUGCGUCUAUGAAAACUUUAUCCCAAAUCGAGACGGCCUGAGUGGUGUUUUCUUUGGCUGGCUGCGUGGAGAACAGACCAAGGGCAUUGAAGAACAGGAGUUUCUUCUUGAAGAAGGCUCCACUUUAACUGCAUUUGGCACUUUGACAGUCAUGGAAGACGGCUCCGUCAAGCUGAUGCCGCCAGCUGAUGGUGUCUGCUACUACCUUACACAGCUAAGCCACCCAGCACUAGUGUCAAAGCUUCGCUCGGAACUCGGCAUACUGCGCGUGGUUAGCUUUGUGCUCGGCUGUACAGCUCUAGGCCUGUCAUGCUACCUGGUGUUCACAUGGUGGAAAGCGAGGCAGGCAAUGGCCCAGCGAAGGAAGGACUCGAUUCGCCGUGAAGAAGCGAGGAAGCAAAGACGAAAACAGAACCGUGACGCUUCAGCGAACCCGUGUUGCGUCAUCUGCCGCACAAACCCCGUUGAAGUAAUGAUCCUGGAGUGCGGCCACGUUUGCCUGUGCACUGACUGCUCAGAGAUGGUUACUGGGAACUGUCCCAUGUGUCGCUCACCCAUCAAGCGAAGUGUGGCAGCAUUUCUUCCAUGAUCGAGGUGCUGUGGUGGACAUAAUUUUUGCAGGAAAUAUAUUGUCAGUGAAAGCUUUGUUCUUCUUUCACGUGUACAUCAUGAACAUUGAUGGACACUCAGAAUUUUGUUCCUAUGGUAAUGAGUAUACCAUGUAUUAGUACUGAGCAAGAUGUUGCUGUAUGUGCGCAUAACAAAAAACACAGUUAUAUAUGUAUAUCAAUUCAGAAUUUGUUAUGUUAAUUACAUAUGCAAUAAUUAUUUUCAUGUUCGAACUAAUUAUCAGCAUUUGGUCAUGCACUUCAUUCACAAUUGGACUAGUUGACGUAUUUCAGAUAUGUUAUGAGAGUUCUCUAAUUCACUGGUAAGAAUGUUGCGUGUUAUAAGGGCUGCCUACUUCGCACCAAUAAGAAAUUAUCUGCUUUUAUGUUGAUGUAUCCACAAAUAAACUUUGUGUAAAGUUCUCAUGACAACUGAAGUCAACCCA